CAAAGGGUCAAGUACUGUGCAUUUGUUUUCAUUUACUUAAUAUAUUUACAUUUUAGACAAUGUUAGUAACACUUCAGGUUGCUGGAUUUACUCAUUUAAAGUUUAGAUAUUGCCUCUUUUGAAACAGGGUCUCACUAUAUAAUACAGGCUGACCUUGAACUCAAAAUUCUCUUGCUUUUCCUUCUUAAGUAUUUUGAUGACAGGUAGCCAGUGUGUCCAACCUGAGAUUUAGUUUUUUUUCUAAGAACUCUCUUAAUGAGACCUGACAUUGAACAGUUCCCAGCUAAAACUGCUAACAUAAACUAAGCACCGUGAUACAGGCUGCAGCCACUGGACAGGUGGCUCUUCCUAUGCCUGUCUCUUACAGAGUCACAGUACCUGUAAACAACUGCUCACAAGUAAGGAACUUCAGAGGGGAGAGCUCUCUGUUGCCAUCAUUAUGUAGAAAAAUCUCACUUUUGUACCUGCUGCUUCUUUGUCCUAACCCUGCCAAAAUAAAGCAUUGACUUUGCAGCACUAAGUGAGAAAAGGAAGGCAGGGUAAUGAUGCUUGUUUAUUCUUCUGCGUUAAGAAUGCCUGCCUUCGCACCAUCCCAUGAACUUGCUGUCCUGUUGGCAUCUUACAUAAUCCUGCCUUGGGCUGCAUGCUCUCUACAUUGCCGUUUCUUGGCCUCUUGUAAAGCAGUUGUAUGUCUGAAAGGGUUGGAGCCUUCCAGUUUCCUAGGCCACCUAUCAGUUUCAAGACAAUUAUCUCCUACAUUGAUGAGCAGUUUGAACGCUACCUACACGAUGAGAGUGGACUGAACAGGCGGCACAUCAUUGAUAACAGGGUACAUUGUUGCUUCUACUUCAUUUCACCUUUUGGACAUGGACUGAAGCCCUUAGAUGUUGCAUUUAUGAAAGCGAUACACAAUAAGGUGAAUAUUGUGCCUGUCAUUGCGAAAGCUGACACUCUCACUCUGAAGGAGCGGGAGCGGCUAAAGAAAAGGAUUUUGGAUGAAAUUGAAGAGCACAGCAUUAAAAUCUAUCAUUUACCUGAUGCAGAAUCAGAUGAAGAUGAAGACUUUAAGGAACAGACUAGACUCCUCAAAGCCAGUAUCCCAUUCUCUGUGGUUGGCUCCAACCAGUUGAUUGAAGCCAAGGGCAAGAAGGUUAGAGGCCGUCUCUACCCGUGGGGCGUUGUCGAGGUGGAGAACCCAGAACAUAAUGACUUUCUGAAGCUGAGAACAAUGCUCAUCACCCACAUGCAGGACCUACAGGAAGUGACCCAAGACCUUCACUAUGAAAACUUCCGUUCUGAGAGGCUGAAGAGAGGCGGCAGGAAAGUAGAGAAUGAGGACAUGAAUAAAGACCAGAUUUUGCUUGAAAAGGAGGCUGAGCUCCGCCGAAUGCAAGAGAUGAUUGCGAGGAUGCAGGCGCAGAUGCAGAUGCAGAUGCAGGGCGGCGACACUGACAGCAGCACUCUUGGGCACCACGUGUGAGGUCCAGCUUCAAUGUUGGAAACACUUUGGAUAAAAAGAAAGUCUUCCUGAUAAGUGCUACAGCAUCAAGUUUCUUAGCCCCGUGGAAGGGUACCCAUCUACAUUGAAGUGCCUGUGUCUGAGGAUUUCAGUUGUUUUGUUGUGUUUUGGUUUUUUAACAUUUGAUUUUUGGUUUUUUUUUUCCUUCUUUCUCCCUCCAACCCCCAACUCCCUUUGGUAUGAAGUACCUUUAACAUUUAUAUUUCAUUGCUAUGUUACAUUUUAAAUUUUGUGAGGAAAACUGAUACUUUAUUCCUCCUGAACCACUAAUGUUAGAAUUUAUUUCUAAGAAUCUGUCAACAUGUAUACUCUGAAUAGUGAAUUUCUUCGAUAUAGCUGGCCUGACUAAUCACUGACAAGUACUCUUGGUUUCUAUCCAGCCAUUUUUGUUUGCUCAGAAUGUCCCUGUGUGGUGAACAUGUGUACCUUUGACAGAAGUGGCUGUGCAUACUUGGUGGCAAGAUGUUUGCUUAUUAGAAUGAAGUCACACUGUUAACUUUAUAUUUGUACAAAACACCUAAAACCAAUUUUGCUGCUGUAGUUCAUCCGGUUAAUUCAUCUGCACCAUUAUCUGUUAACCAGUAGACCAGAAGAGCGUUAUCUAAUGAGAUACAUGUUUAUACUUAAAUAGCUUUUAAAAAGCAGGAUUUCAGGGUUGAAUUUUAAGAGCUCUGGAUUCUAGUGCCAGAUCAUUUUCAAACCUCUGUAGAGAAAACUCACUACAAGGACUUUUUAUACUGUGGGUGGUGAUUAUGCUGUGCUGUGGAGAGAACCAAAGCAGCUAUGAGCUCCAGCUUCAGUUGUAACAAGACUCUCUUUAUAAGGAAGAGUCAGUAAACUUUUUACUCAACUAAAAAGGCAAUACUUUUUUUAAAGAAACCAAAAUUUUUAUAUUUUAUACUGCACUUUAAUGUACUUUCUAUAACUAGGUGCAAAAGAUCAGCCAUGGCAGUGGAAAUCAUAGUCUUCGGCUGGCGUGGGUCCAAACCCAGGCUUGUGAUUGGGUGUGCUCUUGCACAAACCCAGCCUUGUGAUUGGGUGUGCUCUUGCACAAAAAGCCACUUGAAGCCCAAAUGCCUGCCAGGUUUUCCUCUAACUCUUCCCCUUUUCAGUGAUUCUCCUAUUGAAAGGGAAAUAACAGUGCUGGGUUGGUUUUUGUUUUGUUUUGUUUUGUUUUUUAAUGUGCAGACUGUCUCAUCUGUUUUCCAGCACUGUCAUUUUCUUCAGUUUGUGUAGUAUAAAUGUCUUCAUGACAUGAUUGAAAGGGGCAGAUCUGUGCCCCAAGCAGGUGAGCAGAGUCAGGCCUGGUUUACACUCCGGCACUUCCCUUCUACCAUGUCUUCUCAUGUCAGUCAGUGGUCUGAGAAAGGAAGAGGCAGGUGAAGGAGGCAGGGUGUGGAGAAGCAGAGCCGGUGCUAGCUGUGUGUUUCCAUUUGCUGCAGGAGGAAGUGCUUGAUUGAUGAUGAGGCAGGGAUUUACAUUUAAUUCAGGCCAAAAAUCAAUAGGACGAAUAAAGUGAAGCUUAAGAAUGGUUAUCAAUUACAAAGGAUAUGCAUUUGCUCACUUUGCCUCUUCACGUCGCAUCACUGUGAGCAGUCAGGGAAGUUCACUGUGUGAAGUCCCUACGAGGAAAAGUGUCAGUGACUUUAAAGUGGACCCGUGCGGUCCUUUGUUUGGCUUAUUUUGAUAUUAGUUUUGUUGGAGAAAGAUUUAAAAACAAAAACCAACAAAAAGGAAGGAAUUCCCAAGCAUUCAGUGUGAGUCCCAUUUGUGAGUUAAGGGUGCCACUUAGGACCAGCUGACAUCUAAGGAUGGCAGUGUACAUGUGAGGUCUUGCAGCCACAAUUCUAAUCCCCUUCAGUUUUACUGCUUUUGCUAACAAAUACUUGCUCUUUCACUAAGAAGUAACUUGUAGAAAUGUAUUUUGAAAACAUUUCACACUUCAACUUUGUAUCCAUUUAAAAUAACCUUUUUUCAAUAAAGCACUAUUGUUUAGAUAUUAAA